ACAUUCAUAGAUUGCAAGAGCUAAAUAACGGCAUUUUUGAUCUCGUCACAAACGUGGAUUUCAUUUUGCAAUUUUGAGUGUUUUAUUUGUGAAAAAUACAAAGUGUUUUCGUAAUAAUUAAUAUUUUAAAGUAAAUAACAAGCAAUGUCGGAAAGUUCAAUGCAAAUGGCUGAAAUUCAGACUGAGGGAGUAAGCGGUAAUAAGACCAUAAAGCCCGAAGAAAAUGGCGCUGGCGCCGUAGAAACUAAACUUAUGCGCCCUAUGAGCGAAAGAAGCGAAUGUUUGAGUCAAGAGCCGAAGGAGCAGCGCAAAGUAAUACGCAAAUUAAUUAAUCCUGUUGUAGUCAACAACACCGAUGUAGCUACCGAGACAGAGAAAUUGUUGACCCCUGUUGAUACAAGCAAAUCUGUGCACCUGCCGCCGCCCCCGCCACCUCCGACGCCUGUGCAAGCUCCUUUGCCAACAACUCAGCCCAUUUUAUUACAAGCAACAAUGGCUUUGCAAGCCGAAGAAGAUGAAAGUUUUACUGAAAAGUGGGAAGAUCCAUGUGCGCCACCACCACCGCCGCCAAUGCCGUCAAAUACGUUUUUAUCAGCCGGCUUUGGUUUUUUGAAAUUAGGCGCCACAAAACUGAAGGACGCUUUGGAGGAAGCCAUAGCGAAAAUGGAGAUUGCCAAACGGCAGGACCAGGAUACAUCGUGUCUGAUGUUGGAUGAAAUAAAAGUCGAUGCUAUGGAAAUGUCACCCAGAAGUUCGAAUGAUGUGUCUGUUGUGUCCGCGUCCAAAUUCUCCAAUGCUCUUAUUGUUCACCCCAAAUGGAACAAGUCAGCUGCCAUACUUCAAAUCGAGCGCACUAUUAAAGUUGGCCAUUUAUUGGCAAAACAAAAUAAGGUUCAAGCCACCAUUUCUAGCGAGGCCAUACCCCUGCAUCCAGUUGGGGUUGCUUCAGUCGCCACAGUUGCUCCAGUUCCCAAAACUAGAGUCAGCAAAACGCCCAAGGCUGGAAGCACGGAGGCUCCCCCGGAGUCAGAUGAAGGUCUAUCGUUACAGGUGCUAUCGGCACGUGCCUCUACACCAUACACUCAGCCAACAACCAUGCUAUCCUGCACGGCUGUGAGCUGCGAUUUGGAGCAUGAGUCACAGCACAUGAGUCCAACAAAGGUAGAGCAAAUAAAAAAGCUACCAACAGCAUUGGAGUCUACAUCGCAACAGCCCAUGAAACGCCUUUCAUCUGUGGCUACGGCCAAGCCUGGCAAUUUGCGCCAACCCAAGAGUCGGCUACUUUCUACCUCGCAAUCUGGAAACACUUAUAUCUUCCAGUACACCCGCGUUCAUCUGCUUGAAAUACGCAAUGAAAUGAUUAGUGCGCUUGUGCAUUGCGCCAAAGAAAGCAUGUCCUUUAUGCCACGCAUCGCUACGUGUGAUGAUAUUGAGCUGGAAGCGCGACUGCGACGCAUGAAUCUCUGGCGCACUGUCGGGGACCAUGGACAUGCCGUUCGAGGCAGCAGCGGCUUCCGUUCGAGCAGUAAUUUUAAGCCCCCGCGGUAUAUUAACAAUGUUGCCAUCGCUGAGUGCAUGCCAGCUUUCUAUAAGAACAAAACAAAACAGCAAAUCGUUAACGACGAGUCCAUUAUACAGAGUCAGCCACCCCAAGCGGAAUUCCAGGAUCCCGCUAUUGUCAAUCAACGGCGCAUCGGAAGUGGACGUUUACCGUACUCUAAAAUGUCCUUUAACCAUAUUGACUACAAUCAGUCAUACAAUUCCAAACCUUUUAUGGACGAUACUGACACAAAGCAUAACAAAGGAAAUAUGAGUGGGCUGCAAUUUUUUGAUAAUGGAAAUAUGAACACCACCAACACCAAGAAUGCAUCAUCAAUGGGUGGCAAUCAGGCUAUAACACAUACAAAGGCUCGCAAUGAGAACGAGAUAAUGGGAACAAAUGAUUCAGUUGAAGACCUACAUCAAGCCAAUGAGAAUUAUGUGAAGCGUGUCAUGUCUGGAUUCCUUGUGGUUUCCAAGCCGAAAUCGCGUGAAACGGAUGACAGACAUCAUCGUCGCUACAGAAAUCAGAACGAGGAACCAGAGUGGUUUAGUUGUGGUCCAACAUCAAGACUUGAUACCAUCGAGUUGUGCGGUUUUGAUGAAGAUGAAGAGAAAAUGUUAAAAGAGGGAAAAGCGGAUAUGAAUGGGCACAUGUUAAGCGAUGAGGAUAAGGAGCAUUCAAUGCAUAAAACUCAUAAGAUGGAUCACAGUAAAUACAAAUGGCAACCAACAUCCGAUUCGAAUGGCAUAACACGAAACAAAUUCAUGGCCAAGAAUGAUACCAACAAUAAUAGCAAUACGGAAAAUUUGAACAAAAUGCACCUGGAUGUGGAAAUGCAAAUGAAGGAUGAUAAGCAGAACGUUCGUCAGUUUCAAUAUGAUAAGUUCAAUCCGAAUAAACAGAGCUUCGAGGGUAACAACUAUAGGCGUGUAGUUGGUGGUGACGAUGGCCACAAUAUACCCCGUCCUCUACAGAACAAACAACAAGGCCACUUCAAUAAUAACUCGAAAUUCAUGUCAUUUUUUGGCAAAAAGAACGCCCAACAGGCACAUGAACGAUUCGAGAAGAACAGCUCAUCGUCCUCGCUUAAUGAGUUCUUUAAGCAAACAAUCGUUCAUAAUCAGAACCAAAACCACAACAAUGGCACCAAUGUAAGCAACAAAGCGCAUGUUGAGCAUAAGAGCCAACAAAUGCAAUCUGUUGACCAAUUGGAGGCUAAAUGGCGUCGAAAUUCGUUGACAGCAGUCGGCGAUUUAACAACUAAUACUCUCAGUAACGGCAAUAAUAAUAAUAAUGCGGACAGUUUUCAGAAACUGAUUGGCGCCUUGAGCAUGAAUAAGCCCCAAUCGUUGCAAACUAUGCCGCCACCGCUGACCAAUGAUGCUAUUUCCAGCUUCAUAUUGCAACAGCAACAAUAUCAGCAGCAACAGCAAAAACAGCAAGUGCUCAUUCAGCAGCAGCAGCAACAAACCGCCUAUUUGGCCAGCUUGCAGUUAAAAGCCAUACUCGGACGUGCCGACACCCAAUUGCUGCUACUGCGCUUGACAAAAGGCGAAAUCUCUAAGCAUGGUCUUUUAGUGCAGUUGGCCAACCCACGCCUUUCUCACACAGAUCGUGAGGCCAUUACUGCCGUACUGCAGUUCACGAACACUCAGCAACAGCAGCAACAACAUCAGCAGCAGCUAGAGAUGCUCUCCAGCACUGUAAUUGCCAAUCAGCUACAGAAUCUUCACAACUUGGCCGUUGUACAGCAGACAAUAGCGGCUCGUAUGCAGCAACAACAGCAGCUGCCAAUGCAACAGCAACAGCAGCAGACACAGCCACAACAGGUUUCUCAUGAGGAUUUGCAGACCCAUGCUAACAUAAUAAUGCGCAAUGCGCUCUUGAAACGCAAAAUGGAGGAGCAAUCAUCCAAGCUGCUCAAUUUUCAAAUGGCACCCAACAAGCAACAGCAACCGCAGCAGCAGCAGCAUCAACAACAUCAACGGGUUGCACGUUCUAUGCCCACUCAUGACUCAAAUACAUUGCUAAAUGCUCUGUUGUCUGGGGGCAAUCAUCAUCAGAGCACUGCUAGCAUGAUGCAAUCGCAUCAGCAACUGCAACAGCAACGUCGUACCAAUAAAAGCACGCAUGGUGACUCCAAUGUGCGAUUCGUCGAAAAUGCAAAUUUCCAAACUGGCGAAACGGCCCAAACCCAUUUUCCACUGACUAAUAACAACAGCAACGGUAUGCACGGCCUUCAGAUUUCGGCGCAGCAUCAGCAUCAGCAGCAACCCAAGAUCAAGAACAAUAACAAUGUUAUCAGUUUUAAUAAAUCGCACAUUCCAUCCGCCCAGCCAGUGCCGAUGAUGUCCAAUGGUGGAGAUGAGCUUCAUUAAUGGUUUUAAGAAGUUUAGUGGCACGACUGUCGGUUUGAUGGCCAUCGGCGUCGGUUCUACUUUCAUAUUAGUUAUUGGCCAUCGCUUUAUAGUUAGGCCUCUGAUGAAUAAAAAGCGUCGCCUG